CUCACGCGGCUGGAAGUCAAGAUGGAGGAGUAUGCUCGAGAACCUUGCCCCUGGCGAAUUGUGGAUGACUGCGGUGGAGCCUUUACGAUGGGCACCAUAGGCGGCGGGAUCUUUCAAGCUAUCAAAGGUUUUCGAAAUUCUCCAGUGGGAGUAAACCACAGACUUCGAGGGAGUUUGACAGCUAUUAAAACCAGGGCUCCACAGUUGGGAGGUAGCUUUGCCGUUUGGGGAGGUCUGUUCUCCAUGAUUGACUGUAGUAUGGUUCAAGUCAGAGGCAAAGAAGACCCCUGGAAUUCCAUCACUAGUGGUGCCUUGACAGGGGCCAUCCUGGCAGCGAGAAAUGGACCGGUGGCCAUGGUCGGGUCAGCUGCGAUGGGUGGCAUUCUCCUAGCUUUAAUCGAAGGAGCUGGUAUCUUGUUGACAAGAUUUGCCUCUUCACAAUUUCCCAACGGCCCUCAGUUUGCGGAAGAUCCCUCCCAGUUGCCUUCAGCCCAGUUACCAUCUUCACCUUUUGGAGACUACCGGCAGUAUCAGUAGGACUUGGCUCCCAGGGUCUUCUCAUCAGAAUGAGCUGCGUUGAAAAAGGGUUUUAGAAGAUCAAGUUACAGUCUGUUUUUAAAACUGUAGGCGGGACAACUGUGGCCAAAUAGGCUAUGAAGAGACUUUUAGCACUUUUUCUAUUUAAAGAAACAUGAAGAGGGAUAGAAGAUACUACAUUUAUUUAUUCACACUUGGAUUGCAUUUGUGAUCAAAAUAGAUGUCUAAUAUCAUUAAAAGAAAAUGCAGUAAGUGCUUAGAAGAUGAAGGACCAAAGGGCGAAUUACAGUGAAACGUGACCUUCGUUUCCCUGGGGACUUCUCGGGCUGGCUUUAUGUGUGCUGUUAUUCAAACAAUAAAAGCUCCUGGAA